AUGUUCGCAAAGAUCUUCUUCAUCUCCGCUCUUGUAGCUGUCUCCCAGGCUGGAGUCUUCGAACUCCCUUCAGCCCACUCCUAUUCCGCCCCUGUUCUGGCCAAAUACGCCCCCCAGCAAAGUGCUGACUACUAUGCCCCCCCAAAAUACGAAUUCAACUACGGAGUACAAGACCCCCACACUGGCGACCACAAGACCCAGCACGAAGUACGGGAAGGUGAUGUUGUAAAGGGUUCAUACACCGUUGCCGAACCCGACGGUACCUUGAGAACCGUCCACUACACCGCUGACGACCACAACGGUUUCAAUGCUGUCGUUGAGAAAUCCGGACACCCUGUACAUCCUGCACCAGCUAAGGUUGCUUAUGCUGCCCCAGCUGCUUAUGCUGCUCCAGCUGCGUAUGCUGCCCCAGCUCAUUACUACCAUCAUUAGGAUUUGACAGUCAGUUAGAAGACACGGAAUGCCAUUUUUGUAUAUAAUGUACUGACUAUGAAAAAAUGUGUAGCUUG